CCCGACACACUGUGUCCCGCCCAUGCUGGUCCGCGUCUCUGCCGUCCGUCGGUACGUGCGUGCGCCUCGUCGGUCCGCGUGUUUCUGGCCGAGCGCCCCCUUCCUCUGCGGCCAUGACUCCGCCGCCACCCCAGCCACCGCCCCCGGGCCCGAAUCCCGCUGCAGACUCCGCAGCCGACCCCAGCCCAGUGCCUGGAACCCUGGUCGUACUGUUCGGGGCCACCGCCGGUGCGCUCGGGCCGGAUCUGGGCUCCGACGAGAGUGACUUAAUCCUCCUAGUCUGGCAAGUGGUGGAGCCUCGGAGCCGCCAGGUGGGGACGUUGCACAAGUCACUGAUUCGCGCCGAGGCGGCCGCGCUGAGCCAGCAGUGCCGCGAGGCGAGCGGCCUUAGCGCCGACAGCCUGGCGCGGGCUGAGCCUCUGGAUAAGGUACUGCAACAGUUCUCACAGCUGGUGAGCGGGGAUGUGGCUCUGCUGGGCGGGGGCCCCUACAUACUCUGCACUGAUGGGCAGCAGCUGCUGCGACAGGUCCUGCACCCUGAGGCCUCCAGGAAGAACCUGGUGCUCCCCGACACCUUCUUCUCCUUCUACGACCUCCGCAGAGAAUUUCAUGUGCAACACCCGAGCGCCCGCCCUGCCAAGGACCUCACUGUGGCCACCAUGGCACAGGACUUGGGGCUAGAAACAGAUGCCACAGAGGAUGACUUUGGGGUCUGGGAAGUGAAGACAAUGGUAGCUGUCAUCCUCCACCUGCUCGAAGGGCCCAGUGGUCAAUUGUUUUUGAAGCCCGAGGUGGUAAAGCAGAAAUAUGAGUCAGGGCCUUGCAAGGCUGACACAGUGGACAGUGAGACUGUGGUUCGGGCCCGUGGGCUCCCCUGGCAGUCAUCAGACCAGGAUGUGGCUCGCUUCUUCAAAGGGCUGAACAUCGCCAGGGGUGGUGUAGCGCUCUGCCUCAAUGCCCAGGGCCGCAGAAAUGGCGAGGCCCUCAUCCACUUUGUGGACAGUGAGCAGCGGGACCUAGCACUGCAGAGACACAAACACCACAUGGGUGUCCGCUAUAUCGAGGUAUAUAAAGCAACAGGAGAGGAGUUUGUAAAGAUUGCAGGGGGCACAUCACUAGAGGUGGCUCGUUUCCUGUCCCGGGAAGACCAGGUGAUCCUGCGGCUGCGGGGACUGCCCUUCUCAGCUGGCCCAGCAGAUGUGCUGGGCUUCCUGGGGUCAGAGUGCCCAGUGACUGGGGGUGCAGAUGGGCUGCUCUUUGUGCGCCACCCUGAUGGCCGGCCCACUGGCGAUGCCUUUGCCCUGUUUGCCUGUGAGGAGCUGGCACAGGCUGCACUGCGCAGGCACAAGGGCAUGCUGGGUAAGCGAUACAUUGAACUCUUCCGGAGCACUGCAGCCGAGGUGCAGCAGGUCCUGAACCGCUAUGCAUCCAGCCCACUCCUUCCCACACUGACUGCUCCACUGCUGCCCAUCCCCUUCCCCCUGGCAGCUGGGACUGGGAGAGAUUGUGUCCGCCUGCGAGGCCUGCCCUACACAGCCACUAUCGAAGACAUCUUGAGCUUUCUAGGGGAGGCAGCUACUGACAUCCGGCCCCAUGGGGUGCACAUGGUGCUCAACUAGCAGGGCCGGCCAUCAGGCGAUGCCUUCAUUCAGAUGACAUCAGCAGAGCGGGCCCUGGCUGCUGCGCAGCGUUGCCAUAAGAAAGUGAUGAAGGAACGCUAUGUGGAGGUGGUCCCAUGCUCCACAGAGGAGAUGAGCCGUGUGCUGAUGGGGGGCACCUUGGGCCGCAGUGGCAUGUCCCCUCCGCCCUGCAAGCUGCCCUGCCUCUCAUCGCCCACCUACGCCACCUUCCAGGCCACCCCAACACUCAUCCCCACUGAGACGGCAGCUCUAUAUCCCUCUUCAGCACUGCUCCCAGCUGCCAGGGUGCCUGCUGCCCCCACCCCUGUUGCCUACUACCCAGGGCCAGCCACUCAACUCUACAUGAACUACACAGCGUACUACCCAAGCCCUCCAGUCUCCCCCACCACUGUGGGCUACCUCACCACACCCCCUGCUGCCCUGGCCUCUGCUCCCACCUCAGUGUUGUCCCAGCCAGGAGCCCUGGUCCGUAUGCAGGGUGUCCCAUACACAGCUGGUAUGAAGGAUCUGCUCAGUGUCUUCCAGGCCUAUCAGCUAACACCUGAUGACUACAGCAGUUUGAUGCCUGUUGGAGACCCACCUCGCACUGUGUUACAGACCCCUAAAGAGUGGGUGUGUUUGUAGGUGAGGGAGCAAAUAGGUAAGAGCCGGCUGAUAUCCUCAGCUAACAUGCCUCUCCUACAUCCAGAGAACCAGUGUCCUCAACCUGGUGGCUUCUUGCUGGCUUGUCAAAGCUCUCAGUAGGUACCCAGAGGAGUCAAGCACCAGCUCCAUCCCUCACUUAACUGCUCUGCCUGUUCACCCCAAAGAUGGUGGCAGGACCCUGCAUGCAAAGCUGGGGGUGGAAUGGUGUUUCCUCUGCUCCCAGUGGCCUCAUCUGGGUCUGAGUAGCACCUAGAGAGCCCUUCAUCUGUUCCAGCUAUGAACCAUGCUCAGAUUUUGUAGGGCAGAUAUUCACAGAUAGGCUUGCUUUCUUUUUAAGGAUGUAAGCACCUGUGCCUUCAAAAUAAGACUCCUGGGACUUGCUGAGUAAAGAUCCCAAUGUUGUAUUUUCCCCUGUCCCUUCUGGUGGAGGGCAGGGAGGCAGAGUGCACUGUCCCCAACCCCCCAGGAUAUUUUGACCUCAGUGGCCACAUUGUGCCGGGGUGGUUCCACCUAAGGAUGCUAGCUGUCCAUCCCCCUGCCCACUCCACCUGCAGCUUUGUGGAUGGCAAAAUCAUCAGGCUGCUUUGCUGGACUGGACUGCAGUACCCCCAGAGGACACUAGGGGGCAGAAGGCCCUCACACAAAAACUCAGGCUUGAAUUUUAAAGGGAACUUUCUGCCUACUCUUCACGUACACCUUGGGGCAGGCAGGUCAGUUGUCCUAAACUGAGCAGACGUCGUGGAAAGUCCUUUGCAUCCAUUAGAGGGUGUGGACGGAAGCUUCAGAAAGAAUGUGGAACUCUACCCUGUCCUUCAUAAAAUAAACAAAGGUUCCUAACCAAGUGGACUUUUUAAAAGCCGAAGUGCCCUCAGCUUUGGCCCCCAAGAGGGAGGGGCUUUAUGCCAGCCCCAGGUGGAGGAAAACUCAGGCAGAUUUCAAGGAGACUGUUGACCUGUCACCGUUUAUUAUUUCAGCACUGUAACCAAGGAGCCUGAAUUGUUGGCUCUUCCCUUUGUAUUUGUGUAAGGAGUACUGUACUCCUAUAAAAUGUUUUAAAACACAAAAUGUACAAGAAAAUACAAUCAAUCCCAAGUGCCAUAAACAUAACUGAGAACAGUUCUUAACUAAACAUCAUCCAUUUUAUAAAAUACAAGGUUUCAACUUGAGCCCAUCUGAGCCUUAAAGAUGAUCCAUCUGUUCUGAGUAUCAAAAACGGCUUCAUAGCCAGGCCCAACGGAGCCUUGUGACAGUGGCUAGCCCCCCUGGGCAUGGGCACCACACAUGAACCCAAAACAUCUGUUUCUCUUAAAGCUGUUCUCAGCCAUGUUUUUCUGUGCAUCUCCAGUAAGCAGAAGGCUGCUCAUCCCAUUCUUCAACCAAAGAUCUAGCACGGGUUGGAGGGGGAAGAGGGGUACUAGCACAUACCCAGUUACUCAGUGCUGCUACUAGAAGUCCAUUUGCAUAGUCCAAUGGAUGUGUGCUUUUAACACCACUGUGUUGCACAAAACCUUAAGUCUCUAUCUACAAAGCCAAAAAAUACUGACUCUUACACCAAAGCUUUUACAAAACUGCUUACAUAGUAUACAAAGCUUUUAAAAUUUGACUUUUAUUUUAAAUAGGAUAGCAUUUCUAGUGCUACAGGCAUCAAGGUAUUUAAAAGGCAUCAAAAUUUGGUGCAUAGCAACUCUGGAUCAUAGAGGCUUUUAUUCUUGAGGGCAGCAGAGCAACCCCCAAACAGUCUUGCAAGGGGACUCCUGCAAGAACCCUAUGUGAAGCAGCUACACCAGGAGCAAGAGGGUAGAGGCAGGUCUGGCCAGCAGUCUGUAACUUCACCUCAGGGGCCAGCCUCCUACAACCCCUUUUAAAGGAAGCUGUGGGCUUCCAACCACAGGCCUGGGAGCAAACCUCACUAUUCAUACUCAAUGACACAAAAUGCACUUUCAAAGAAAACAUGAAAAUACCCAGCGCCAAGAGGGACCAGAGUGACUUGCUCAGGAAUACACAUUUUUCUCUAACUAGUUUUAGGGGAGAAAUCUAGAACAUGGCUUAAAAAAAAAAAAAAA